AUGAAGAUUAAUAAAUCAACAAGAAUAAUUGGAAAUAAUGUUAUCCUUGUUCCUUACAAGGAACAUCAUGUUCGGAGGUACCACGAAUGGAUGGAAUCUCAAGAAUUGCAACGUCUAACUGCAUCCGAGCCCCUUACUUUAGAUGAAGAAUACAAAAUGCAACAAAACUGGUUUGAAGAUAAAGACAAAUGCACAUUUAUCAUUUUAAACAAGCAUCUAUUUGAAAAAACUGCAGAUGAAAUAGGUGCUAUGAUAGGUGACACCAAUUUUUACCUUAAUGAUCCUGACAACGAAAAUUUUGCAGAGAUUGAAAUUAUGAUUGCUGAACUUAGCAAUCGAGGAAAAGGAUUAGGAUGGGAAUCUGUUGUUUUGAUGAUGCGAUAUGGUAUUGAAAAUUUGAAUAUCCAAAAAUACACAGCAAAAAUUUCUAUGGAUAAUCAAAUAAGUCUCAAAAUGUUUAAUAAGUUAGGAUUUGUUGAGACUUCAAAAAGUCAAGUUUUUCAAGAAGUGACUGUAGAGAAACAAGUUAGCAGUGAUUGGUAUAAUCGUCUCGUAGCAGAAACAGCAGGAAUGACAAGUGAUAAUAAUUAUGUAUGAGAUCAACUAUUUGUAAUAUAGUUUGUACAUAGGAGCAAGGACGCGUGUAAAAGAAUAAAGUAAAA